UUAAGGUCUGACGUGUCAGGGAGCCAUGCGGAUGAUGGGGAAGUAGGACCCUCCAUGAGGAGGAAGAGGAAGAAGAAGAAAGAUCCACGUCCUGAGUCCUUCAUUGUUUAUCGGUCUGAAAUGGAGAGGGCACCAGGAGAGGACCAAGGAGGAGACGAAGGAGCAGAGAGGAGCACUGAGGAGGGAACUAAAUUCCUCUGCACACCCACAGGCGAAGGCUGGAGUCUUCCUCCAGACAGCCGCUACGUGACCCUGACUGGCACUAUUACGCGUGGAAAGAAGAAGGGUCAGGUGGUGGACAUACACGUCACUUUGACAGAGAAGGAAAUCAGGGAACUCGCCAAGUCGAGGGAGCGUCUUGAUGCAGCAUGCGAAGCGAGCGAAGGCUCCAAGCGCACCUGUAGCUUAGGUGCGUGUCAGGGACCCCAUGUGGUCCUGUGGAGCAUCUCGUGCGCACCUGUGGUUUUCAUCCUCUCGUUCAUCACUUCCUUCUACUACGGCACCCUCACCUGGUACAAUGUCUUCCUGGUGUACAAUGAGGAGCGGACGUUCUGGCACAAGAUAACAAUAUGCCCCUUUCUUAUCAUCUUCUACCCCAUGCUCAUCAUGCCUUUGGCGCUGUCACUGGCUCUGUACUCUGCUGUGGUGCAGGUGUCCUGGGCCUUCAGUGAGUGGUGGCAGGCGGUGCGCGACCUGGAGAAAGGCUUCUGUGGCUGGGCCUGUGGGAAAUUGGGGCUUGAAGACUGUUCGCCAUACAGCAUAGUCGAGUUGCUUGACUCUGACACUGUUUCUGGCACUCUACAGAGCAAGGCACCCAGUGAACUUGCCCAAACGUCAUCAGUGUGAAGUAGUGGGCACUGGGCUCAAGGAGCAUAUUGCUAAUGUGGUCAAAGUUGGGAAUUAUUUGAAUAAUUUGAGUGUCAAAAUGAGCACCACUACUAUCUAUGUUUUUGCUAAUGAAGGGUUUGAGACUUUCCUGAA